UUUUUUAGGGUUCUUGGGUCUUUUCGUCGAGCAGCUGCGCGGGCGCUGUGCAAUGCUGACGCCGAUCUGAUGGUCCCGCCCCGGAAUCUCAAGCUCUGAGCUGCCGGUAGUGAGAUUCUUGCCGCUUCACGUUUUCCACGCCUUGGCGGUCUAUGGGAUCCGGAGCUAGGUUUCGAUAGAAUGCGAGAGGGGAAGAAGAUCGGCAGUGGGAGCGGCGGCAGCGAGGAGACGAUGGAGGCGGAUUCAGCAGCGAUCGACAUCCCUUUCUUGGUCAGCGGCAGGAAGCGUGUGGGAUUCUCCACUCUCACGCGGCGCAAGCAUUCCAAUGCGCAGCAGCAUCGCAAGGGGAGCCCCCAGCUCGCCAAGCAUCUCAAAAUCUGGGAGCUCCUGGCUGUAGGGAUUGGAGCUACAAUCGGCGCUGGAGUCUAUGUUUUGGUUGGAACUGUGGCGCGAGACAAGGCAGGUCCUUCGCUAUCAGCUUCGUUCCUCAUCGCUGGAGUUGCCGCGGCUCUCUCGGCGUUUUGUUAUGCAGAGCUCGCGAGUAGAUGCCCCUCUGCUGGAAGCGCCUACCACUACGCUUAUCUAUGCGUUGGAGAAGGGAUCGCUUGGAUCAUUGGAUGGGCUCUCAUUUUGGAGUACACGGUCGGGGGAGCUGCUGUGGCUAGAGGCAUUUCCCCAAAUCUGGCCAUAUUUUUUGGAGGUUCUGCCAACUUACCUGGCUGGCUGUCACGCAGACUAAUCCCCGGGACGAGCAUCGUCUGUGAUCCUUGCGCUUUUCUACUUGUGGCCGCUGUAACUUGCCUUCUAUCCACCGGUAUACGAGAGAGUGCAUUCGUCCAGACGGUGAUGACUGCUGUCAACUGUUCUGUUCUUCUGUUUGUUAUAGUGGUGGGUUCUUGGCUUGGUUUUCGAAAUGGCUGGCCUGGCUACAAUCUCGCCGGCGGAUACAUGCCAUUUGGCGUCAGUGGUCUUCUCAGUGGCGCGGCGACUGUAUUUUUUGCAUUUAUUGGCUUUGAUGCUGUUGCAAGUACCGCUGAAGAGGUAAAACAUCCGCAGCGGGAUCUUCCUAUCGGCAUUGGCCUGUCGCUCUUCAUUUGCGGCAGCAUAUAUAUCGUGGUAUCCGCUGUUAUGGUGGGGAUAGUACCUUACUACGAAAUGGAUCUUGACACUCCCAUGCCCACCGCCUUCAUGAAAAAUGGGUUGCACUGGGCAAUGUAUGCUGUCGCAGCUGGUGCCGUAGCAGCAUUGUCUACGGCUCUUUUGGGAGCUCUACUUCCACAACCAAGAAUUUUAAUGGCCAUGUCCCGCGACGGUCUUCUUCCACCUUUGUUCUCCAAAGUGAACAAGGCUACUUCAGUUCCUGUAUACAGCACAGUUGUGACAGGGUUCGCGGCCGGCUGCAUGGCAUUUCUCUUGAACGUCGACGAGCUUUCGGGAAUGGUAAGCGUUGGCACGCUGAUGGCCUUCUCGAUCGUGGCCGUGUCGAUAUUGAUUCUUCGGUACGUUCCCCCCAUUGAGCCUCUGGUACUUUCAGCGGCUCCCACCCAGGAAGUUCCCUUUGUUAAAAAGAAGUCGGGCAUUCCAGUUCAUCUUAAGAAGGAAGAGCACGCUUCUCCGAUUCUAUCUAUUUUCUCAGAAUCAUCUAUACCAGAAGUGGACGACGAUGCGACCUCUCUCAGUAGCAGCUCUUCUUCCAAUGAUUUGACGAUGGAAGACGACAGCGCGCUUCAAUCGGGGAUGCCAUCUUCAUCUCGACUUGCUCUCGACGACGAAAAAGAAAAGGAGGAACGCAGACGAAGAUACGCUGCUUGUGGAAUCUCUGGUGUUUGCAUUGGAGUGGUGCUGUUGAGCAUCGCGACAAGCGCAACUUUAUUACCCAGCUGGCUGUGCUGGAUUAUGGGAGUGAUUGGAACUUCCAUGUUGCUCGUUGGAAGCGCCAUUCUCUUGCUCAUCGAUCAGGACGAGGGCCGUCACCAAUUUGGACAAUCAGGAGGAUUUCACUGUCCUGGGGUUCCUGUUCUUCCUAUCCUGUGUAUAAUGGUUAAUGUGUAUUUGCUGGCGAACCUUGGGAGCGUCACUUGGCUCAGAGUUUCGGCAUGGCUCGUCAUUGGCGUAUUCGUGUACAGCUUUUACGGUAUCCACCACAGCUCCUUGUCAAAGGAUUUACAUACAAUCAUGUAAAUAACGAAUGGGAUUUUAUAUCCGGUUCUAAUCUGGUCAUCAGUUCGAUUCCUGCCAAUUACAUUCUUUCCUCGAGUCGCCACGCAGAAUCCAAAUGAAAAUAAAAAAGAUAAAAGAAAUAAAAUGUGAUUAAAAUGA